AUGGCAUCCCCGACAGACACAAUCGAUUCACCCACGUUAAUCGAGUCCUUCCAUGAUGCACUGCUCAACAUUCACGAGAAUCCAUACCCUCAAGUACCAAAUCCACCCAACUGCAAAAAACGUGCCUCGGUAGCCGUCAUACUUCGAGUCCGGCCCCAAUAUAACCACCUCCCACAAUCGCCAGUCAAAGGGACAGAUAAAACAGCUUCAACAUCUCGGCAACUCAGCGAAUUUUUUGCCCAGGACUGGGUCCAACAUGGUGAUCCAGAACUAUUAUUCAUCAAAAGAGCAUCGAGAGUUGGUGACCGAUGGACAGGACAUGUAGCGCUUCCCGGUGGAAAACGAGACCCGGAAGACCAAGAUGAUAAGGCCGCCGCUGUGAGAGAAGCGCAGGAAGAGGUUGGGUUGGAUUUGACUACGGAGGAUUUGAUAUAUAUCGGCAAUCUUCCGGAGCGUGUAGUGACUACCUCGUUUGGCAGUGUUCCGUUGAUGGUUUUGUGUCCGUUUAUAUUCCUGUUGACAUCCAAUAACGCCCCCGACCUUACCCUCCAGCCCACAGAGGUAGCGUCGAUCCAUUGGGUCUCGUUGAGAGCUUUACUAUCACCAUCGUUACGUUCCGUGGAAUACGUCAAUGUCUCAGCGCGCUAUGCCAAACAGUAUGGCCUGAUAAGAUGGGGUUCAUCGCGCUGGAUGACUGGCAUGAUGGAAUUUUCAGCUCUGCGACUUUUACCGACCGAAAGUUUAUAUUGCAGCACUACUCCAGGGUUUCUCCCGGACGAGACUCACCAAAACAACAUCUCUUUCUUACAGAGAUUGAAUCCUUGGGCUGUGCGACAAGUGCCGCAUGGUGAAAAAAACCGGGAAUUACUCCUAUGGGGUCUUACACUCGGAAUUAUGGCAGAUUUCCUGGAUUUGAUGCCUCCGCACAACGCCGUUGAUCUUUGGAAACAUCCUACAUUUACUGCUCCUGAUUUGCGGUUAAUAAUUUCGCUCCUCACCUACUCCAUCCGUAAAAGGAAUGCGACGAAGGUCAGAGCUACUCGGAGACCCAGUCAAACCGCGGCAGAUGACUCAACCAUGGCGCUAUCUGUUGAAGAUGUGAACGGGCAGACUCUUAAUGCUGAUACUAAAGAUGGAACAACAGUUUCUGGUCAUGAGCAUGCGACUGCUAUCCUAUUACAGGGCUACUAUGACCGACUAAGGCUGUCGUUGGGCGUAUUUGCUGUCUGGAGGCUGGGUCUGGCAUCAGUUGCGUUUUAUUAUAUAUGGAAGACGCUACGACGGCCAUGA